UACUUUGGCAAUAUUUGCUUGCCUCUCUCAAGGUUUAAUAAGUUGUGACGGUCAAUUCAUUGUCUUCCAGUAGUCCUUGCAAGCUGUUCAUUUCAAAAGUAAAACAUUAAAUGCCAAGAAUCUAAGUUUCCAAGCAACCAAACCCUGCAAACAAAACUAUUGCACAUGAUAUUUACAUCUUUGUUGCCUGGGAAUCCUGUUGCUGCUCCACACCUCACUCCAAACACUUGCUAAAAGCACUGAAUGGUUUUUGCAGCUGCAGAUGCCUUGCAGUUUAGGAAAGAUCCAGUCACAAACACGUAGAUCAGAGAGGUACAAUUCCUGAGUGGCUGAGAUAGUGAUGAGUAACCGAGAGGUGGUGGUUCUGAGCGUGGGAGGUGUGAGAUAUGUAACCCGGGCUUCUACCUUGCAGCAGUUCCCUGAGUCCAGGCUAGCACGGAUGUUGAACAAUGAUGACCAGGAAUUUAAACUGGUGAAUGGACAGUUUUUUGUGGACAGAGAUGGAACUUUGUUUAGUUACAUCAUGGACUUCUUGAGGACUCUUCAGGUCUCCUUACCUACUGAUUUCUCAGACUAUCAGAGGCUGCAGAGAGAAGCAGAAUUCUAUGGGCUCUACCCUCUGGCUGAUGUCCUGAGCCAGGAACACUUGCUGAAGCCAAGGCUGGAGAUCUUGGAAGUGCGUUUUUCUCUCCAAGAGAUGCAGGCCUUUUUCCGGAUCUUUGGUUCCUGCAGUACCACUGUUGAGACACUAGCUGAACAGAUCACUGUGUUUACCGGGCAGCAGUCGGGACAGAGCUGGAACAGCCCUUUUCCUUCUCAGAAACCACUCGUUCCACUUCCUUUGGAAAGGCCUUCCCAUCACGACGUGGUUUUUCAGUGUGGUACUGACUACUCUGCUGGUGACCAGUUUGUGGCCAGGUAUGUUUCCAUAAAGCCUGAUAAUAGAAAGCUGAUUAACGGUACUAAUGUGCUAGGCCUGCUGCUGGACACUUUACUGGAAGAUGGAUUUCGCCUCAUAAGCACCAGGACAGUCUCGAGUGAAGAAAAAGUUGAAUGCUACAUUUUUGAAAGGAUGAAGAGGCCAGCAGGCCUUACUGUCACGGUGAACCAAACCCCAGGGAGCUCUGGGGUAGCACAGGCAAAGAGAAGUCAAGUGCAGAAAGGGAAAUAAAGGUUUUUCCUUCCAUCUUUUGAAGGUGAAAGAGGGGUAUGUCAGUACUAGUGGCCUCUUUUUGUUGGCUUGUUUGAAACUGCAAGUAUCAAGGGAAGUAACAAACAAUUUUUUCUUCAAGUAUUUGGAAAAAAAAAAUUGCUUUCCUGCCUUUUACCACUCCACCCUCUUGAAUUCUAAAUAAAAGAGCCACAGAUUUAAUACUGGUUUUGUGGACCAGAUUCUAGCAUUUUCAAGGAUUGUUUUUGUUUUUCUCUGUGACUAAAAUUUAUAUUAGGAAUUGCAAAAAAUCAGCCAUUCCUUCUAGAAAAUAGUUUUUAUGUUCUGUGCUAAUUUGUAACAUUUUUAUGUUCUGUGCUAAUUUGUAAGUAGAUUUUAAAUACAUGAUAAUACAUGAGCCAAUAACAGCUUGAUACAACUGUCAUCCCAAUAGUUUGGAGAAGUGGCUGGAGGAGGAAUUUAAACCUCAGCAAUUGAAUAUUGCUUCUGCUUUCAAAAGAUAGAUGUAUGCUGAUUCUCUUGCAGUUUGCUGAAAGCUAUGUAAUGUAAACAUCCCAAGUUGGAUCAGCUUGGAUAGAUUGGAUCAGUGGGCCAAUGUUAACGGGAUGAGCUUCA